AUGAUGGGCUCAAAACUUAGCGAAGUCAUCGUGGAAAUUUUGAAGAGAUUCCGGAGUGCUACAAACAUUGCUCCCUCGCACAUCGUGCUGUAUUUUUCAGGAAUUUCCGAAGGCCAAUGGAGUUUGGUUGCUGCCAAUUACAUGCGUGCCAUCCAGAACGGAAUCAAGUCGUUGUCGGCUAGCUAUGAGCCAAAGCUCACGGCUCUGGUUGUGUCUAAAGACCACAACGAACGCCUCUACAAAAAGAAUAUCACUGGAAAUCGCGCCGCAGAGCAGAACAUUCCGCCAGGAACGGUGGUGGAUACCAAAAUAGUGUCUCCAGUUAUAAACGAGUUCUAUCUUAACGCUCACUCGGCGUUUCAGGGGACUGCGAAAACCCCGAAAUAUUCGCUAGUUCAUGAUAACUCAAAAAUCCCCAUUGACGUGGUAGAAUUAAUGACUCACGGGUUGUGCUAUCUUCACGAGAUAGUCACCGCAACAGUAUCUGUUCCCGCGCCACUUAUGGUGGCCGAUCGUUGCGCUAAGCGAGGACACAAUGUUUAUAUUGCCAACUCGAAUCGUUCGAAACGAAUUCUUUCAGCAAUCAAAGGAAUGCAGUCAAUGGCAUUCAAGAUGCAAAUGCAAAAUUGA